CUGCACCCCACCGCUGGUGGACCUCGCAUUUCUAGCUUCUAGCAUGCUGGCUGUUAACUUACACCUCCUUUCUCCCUCCCAAAUCUUUUAAGACAUCAUCAUCAUCUACCAUCUACCAUCUACCUCGACGUGGUAGUAGAGAGCUAUACUCCUAUCACUGGUAGGCACGAAAGCUAAAAGAAGAGAGAGAGAGAGAGAAAAGAAGGAAUAAAAGAAAGAAGAUAUACUUAUUAAAAAUGGCCGCCCCAGAGGUUCACCAUCUCUUUCACCGGCCUAUUGCCGACCACUCUUUCUCAGCCGAUCGUCAGACAUUGGCGGUGGCGAAGGACUCUACUAUCGAACUAUACGGAAAAGUAGGAGGUGCCUUCAAAUUGAAAGAUGAGCUGAAAGGUCACGAUAAAACCAUCACCGGCGUCGAUAUUGCUCCAGGCAGCGGCCGAAUUGUCACGUGUUCCCAAGACCGUAAUGCUCUAGUUUGGGAGCCAUCUCCCACCGGAUACAAGCCAACUCUGGUGUUACUUAGAAUUGCUCGAGCGGCUACCUUCGUUCGCUGGUCUCCGUCUGAGACCAAGUUCGCUGUUGGUUCUGGCGAUAGGGUCAUCGCUAUCUGUUACUUCGAAGAGGAGAACGACUGGUGGGUUUCCAAGCACCUAAAGAAGCCUAUUCGAAGCACUAUUACCACUGUCAACUGGCACCCUAACUCGGUGCUGCUUGCUGCUGGCUCUACCGAUGCCCACGCGAGAGUUUUCUCUAGCUUCAUCAAGGGCAUUGAUGCUCGCCCCGAGCCUAGCGUUUGGGGAGAACGUCUACCGUUUAAUACCGUCUGCGGUGAAUUCCUAAACAACUCCGCUGGUUGGGUACACUCUGUCGCAUUCUCUCCAAGCGGCGACGCUCUCGCUUUUGCUGCACAUGACAGCAGCAUUACGGUCGUCUACCCUACUGCCCCUGAGCAACCCCCGCGAGCCGUCAUUAGCGUCAACACCCAGCUCUUACCCUUCAUGAGCCUGAUUUGGAACGGCGAAAAUGAAAUUAUCGCAGCUGGCCACGACUGCGAGGCAUUCAGAUUCAGCGGCGACGCUUCUGGGUGGCAGCUGAGCGGCACUUUGGAAUCUAAGGGAAGGCCCGGUUCAGGAGACGCUCGGGAAGAGUCUGCCUUGAACAUGUUCAGGCAGAUGGAUUUGAAAGGCAAGGUCAAAGAUGAUACCCAACUAAAGACUAUUCACCAGAACACCAUCUCGACCAUACGCAUAUACGAGUCUAAUGGUGGAGCCGUCACCAAGUUCAGCACAAGCGGCGUUGAUGGUAGAAUUGUCAUCUGGCACACGUAGACUCACAGAUAAUAAACAUCAGCAUCAAAUCGACGUGUCUUAAAAUCUAUCGUCUUUGUUCUUGCCGCCCCGUGUUUCUUCCCGUUUCUCUUCUUGCAGUAACUC